AUGGCAAUGCUGUGGGCUCUCCUGUGCCUGACAUUCCUUGGCUCUUGCUACAGUUGUGGGAUGCCAGCCAUCAAACCUGCUCUGAGCUUCAACCAGAUCAUCAGUGGGGAAAAUGCUGCGUCAGGAUCCUGGCCCUGGCAAGUGUCCCUGCAGGAGCAAAAUGGUUUUCAUUUCUGUGGAGGUUCCCUCAUCACCCAAAACUGGGUCAUCACAGCUGCCCACUGCAACAUGAGCCCAAGCCAUCACCUGGCUGUCCUUGGAGAAUAUGACCGUCAUCUAAAUGCAGAACCUAUUCAGGUAAGGAGUAUCUCAAAGAUCAUCACCCACCCUGGCUGGAAUCCCAAGAACAAUGAUCUUACUCUGCUAAAGCUGUCCUCACCUGUCCCAAUUCACUUCCUGAAUAUCUCCUGUGCGUCUGGCCACAGAAAACACAUCCCCCAGGACAUCACCUGUGUCACUAAAGGCUGGGGCCGCACCAGUGGCACAGCCAACACCACCCUAGCUCAGCUCCAGCAGGUGGUUCUGCCUCUGGUGACAGUGUAUCAGUGCCACCAGUACUGGGGCAGCCAUAUCAGAGCCAUGAUCUGUGCGGGAGGCUCUGGAGCCUCCUCCUGCCAGGGUGAUUCCGGAGGCCCUCUUGUGUGCCGACUAAACAACCUGCAGGAAGAACCCUGGGUCCAAGUCGGUGUUGUCUCCUGGGGGACAAGCAAUGUCCAUGCACCUGCCAUGUACACACGCAUCAGCAAAUUUAGCUCUUGGAUCAAUCAGAUGGUGGCCAACAACUAA